CUAGCUGACGAUAUGGCACGUACCAAGCAGACCGCUCGUAAGUCCACCGGAGGCAAGGCGCCCAGGAAGCAGUUGGCCACAAAGGCCGCCCGUAAGAGCGCGCCGGCCACAGGAGGCGUGAAGAAGCCUCACCGUUACAGGCCCGGCACCGUCGCCCUGCGUGAGAUCAGGCGUUACCAGAAGAGCACCGAACUGCUGAUCCGCAAGUUGCCGUUCCAGCGUCUCGUCCGCGAGAUCGCCCAGGACUUUAAGACCGACCUGCGUUUCCAGAGCUCCGCCGUCAUGGCACUGCAGGAGGCCAGCGAGGCAUACCUGGUCGGACUCUUCGAAGACACCAACUUUAGAGUAGUAGUCAACAUGACCGGCCGAGGCAAAGGUGGUAAGGGGCUGGGAAAGCGAGGCGCCAAGCGUCACAUGAAGGUGCUCCGUGACAACAUCCAGGGCAUCACCGAGCCCGCAAUCCGUCGUCUGGCUCGCCGCGGCGGUGUCAAGCGUAUCUCGGGCCUCAUCUACGAGGAGACCCGCGGAGUGCUCAAGGUGUUUUCUGGAGAACGUGAUCCUCCCCCGGGAAAAUUUUGCCAAUUUAAGUCUUAA